AUGGAUUUUUUAUUGGUCCGUGAGUCUGCACGAGAUACGAUUAUUUCCCAACUUAUCGGCAAUGUUGUAGUUCAGAAAUUGUCGGAACCUGAGCAAAAUCAGGAGGCACUGUCUGAUGUGGAUAUUAAGACAUUGAAUGAACUUUUUAAGCAAUAUGAAGAUAUUUAUUUGAAUCGGUUUACACGUAAACUUACACUUAGUAGUCAUUUUUCCCUUUUGAAUAAACGUAAUGCCCUAGUGGAGGAUCCACAUUUGGGGCAAUCUAAUAUAAGAGUUUUACCAACCCUGGAUACUUCAAGUAAUACUGAAAUUAAGCAUUAUGUGGGCCGCACCGUUCAGACGGUGCGGUCCUGCAUGAAUAAACAUCGGUCCAACAUCUACAUACAGGAGAACAACAGGACGGAGGUCACAGAGUUCCUUCUCUUAGGAUUUCAGGUCAGUCGAGGGUUAAGACUUUUCCUGUUCUGUCUGUUCCUUGUGGUUUAUAAUCUGAUAAUAUAUGGGAAUCUCCUGAUCAUCACCCUGGUGUCCACGAGCAAGAACCUCCACACCCCAAUGUACUUCUUCAUCUCACAUCUGUCCAUCAGUGACAUCUUGUUAUCCACAGAUAUUGUCCCCAAUAUGCUCCACAUCCUACUGAAUAAUAGAGGGGCCAUGACUUUUAUUGGUUGUAUCACUCAAUAUUAUUUUUUCAGCUCCUCAGAAGUAUUUGAGUGUUUUCUCCUCGCUGUGAUGUCUUAUGACAGAUAUGUGGCCAUCUGCAAUCCUCGUCGUUACUCCUCUAUCAUGACAAGUGGACAUUGUGUUAUACUGACCGUCAUCUGUUGGCUGUUUGGAUUUUCUGUUACUUUGAUUUUAAUCAUAACAAUAGCAAAGCUAAACUUCUGUGGUCACAAUAUCAUUGACCAUUUAUUCUGUGAUCUUCUUGCUUUACUAAAACUUUCCUGUUCUGACACUUUUAUUGUUCAGUUUGAGAGUUACGUAAUAAGCGUUCCAACUGUCUUCAUCCCAACCACCAUCAUUGUUGUGUCUUAUACUUAUAUUGUCCUAGCAAUCCUAAGGAUCCCAUCCAAUACUGGUAGACAGAAAGCCUUCUCCACCUGUAGCUCCCACCUCAUUGUGGUCUCCAUAUUCUAUGGGACGUUGUUCGGUGUUUAUAUUGUCCCAACAAAAGGACAAACAGUGACUAUGAGUAAGAUCCUCUCCCUGCUAUAUACUGUGUUUACUCCUUUGGUCAACCCCAUUAUAUACAGUCUGAGGAAUAAAGACAUUAGAAAAGCUGUACAGGAAACACUUCAUAAGCAUCUGAUCUGGAAAUCAUCUAUAAUAUAA